AUGGCUUGUCAAGUGCGUACUGGUGGGGGUGGCGUUCAGCCUAAAUUUGAAUCUGUUUUGUUGUACAAAGAUGGUGUGAAACGGACAAACAUACAAUUAAGUGAGAUUAGUCCUGGAACGGGUGUCAUAAUGAAGAGCACCAAUGGUGACAUAUGCAAUAUGAUAAAUCGAACGAUGAUAGCAAAAUUCAUAUGCGAUAAAACGAUAAAAAAUCCAACAACGAUGAAAAUAGCCGAAUUGCCACCAUGUACAUUUAAUAUUGAAAUUCGAGCUGCACAAGCUUGCCCAGGUGGUGGGGGACUUUCAGGGGGCUCGAUUUUUAUUAUUUUAUUGAUAGUACUUCUUUUCGUUUAUUGCGUGGGUGGUGUUGUAUUUAGACGUUUUAUUCAGGGCGUACAUGGAAUUCAAGCCGUACCACAUUUACCCUUUUGGCAACAGCUACCAAUCCUAGUUAAAGAAGGAUCGUCAUGGACACUGUCAAAAGUGAAGGGAAAAGCAUCUCCAUCGGCUGGCGGAUACCAAUCUGUUUAA